GGCGGGGCAGCCCCAAAGUUUCGGUUUCGUUUUCCGUUUUUUUUUCCGGACUCGGUAAAAGGAGAGAGGAGCCCGGGACAAUGUCUCUAGACCGAGUCCGAGAUUACUGCACUCAGACCUUGUGCUCCCGCGGCGGCUCGCUGGACUACAGCAGCUUGCGUAAGGAGGUCUCCAGGUACUUCAAGGUGUCGGACGGAGAGCUGAGCAAGGUGCUGGCCAACGGGCAGUUGUUCACCAAAGUGCCGCCCGAGGACUCGGGGCUCCCGGGCCCGCAGCUCAGUGGCGACACCCUGCUCGUCGCCACCACUGCUGCCAGGCUGUGCAAAGACUUCGUCAAGAGGAAUUGCAGCGGCGGUGGCUGCGGCCAACUCCAUCUCUGCAAGUUCUUCCUCUUCGACAAUUGCAAGUUCGCCAAAGGAAGACACACCUGCAAUUUCUCACACAACAUCCAUUCUCCUCACAACUCUGCCAUCCUGCGUGCUAACAACCUUCAACACCUGAAUGAUAUGGAAUUGCGCCAGAUUCUGCUCCAGAAUGAUUCAUCCCUGUUGCCUGAGAUUUGUGUGUUCUACAACAAGGGCCUCGGGCAGUUUGGCAGCUGCACCUUCAAGAGUUCCUGCACCAAGCUUCAUGUCUGCCUCCACUUUGUCCAGGGCAGCUGCAAGUUUGGGUCAAGUUGUAAACGCUCUCAUAAUUUCAAAGACAGCAGUGCCUCCUCUGUCCUGGAGAAUCUGAGCACAGAGCUGAUCAAACACCUGCUUCAAAUAUACCAGAAUAUGUACAACAUCAAAACCUACAGGGCCUCCAAUGGUGAAGCAACUGAGAAUAGCCGUCACUCCAGCACUGCAGCUGUGACAGAGAGGAGACCUCAGUCCCGAGUAUCUUCCAGCAGCUCCAAUGGGGACGCAGACAAUGAGGAGAUUUGUCUCUUCUUCGUCUGGAAGAACUGUAGCUUUAAAGAUAAGUGUAUCAGAGUUCAUUUCAGGCUCCCUUAUCGAUGGCAAGUUUGCAAAGAAGGGUGGAAUGAUCUCCCAAAUAUGGAGCAGAUUGAAAAGGACUACUGUGAUCCCAAUAAAACCAGAUCAGGAGAUGUUGAUUUUAGUACCAUGAGAAGCGGUUUGAGCCAGGUUCGGCGCCUCUCCACAGCUUCCUCAGUUACAAAGCCCCCCUACUACAUCCUCACCACUGAAUGGCUGUGGUACUGGAAGGAUGAGUUUGGAAAGUGGGUUGAAUAUGGAAAACAGGGAGAACUGCACUCUGCUGCCAACAUAACAUCCGCGGAGCUGGAGAAGGCAUUUUUGACAGACAGCGAUGGGAAGGUGCCAUUCACUGCAGGGAAACACCUAUAUAUUCUGAACUUUAAAGAAAUGCAGCAAACAAAUUCAAUCAUUGGCACUCGCAGGGAAGUCCAGAGGAGGCCCAAGUUUGUCUCUGAACAGGACAUGAAGAGCCAGAUACAAAACCAAGGAAAAGUUGGACAGGAAAGUCUGGGCAUCACGCAAGGAAAAUCUCUUCCAGUGCACUGGGAUAAAUCAGCACUGUCAGAUGUGGGCUAUAAGCUGGUUCAAGUGGCUGAGUCUUCGGACGAGUUUAAACAGGUGCAGUCCCUCUUUCAGCGGACCAUGAGGAAAAGUGUGAUACUGAAAAUUGAACGAAUUCAAAACCUAGCCCUCUGGGAAGUCUAUCAAUGGCAGAAGGAACAAAUGAAGAAGAAAAAUGAUGGCAAGGAUGUUGUUGAGAAGCAGCUUUUCCAUGGCACAACCACCUCAAUCAUUGAUGCGAUCUGCCAGCAGAACUUUGACUGGAGGAUCUGUGGAGCUCAUGGAACCUCUUACGGAAAAGGAAGUUACUUUGCCAGAGAUUCAUCCUAUUCCCAUAAUUAUUGCCGAACUGAGCAAAGCACCAUGACUAUGUUUGUUGCUCGUGUUUUGGUGGGAGAGUUUGUGAGAGGAAACACAUCUUACCUCCGGCCACCCUUAAGAGAUGGCACGAAAACCAGCUUCUAUGAUAGUUGUGUUGACAAUGUCUCCAACCCUUCUAUAUUUGUCAUAUUUGAGAAGCAUCAGAUCUAUCCUGAGUACCUUAUAGAAUAUAAAUGUUAAAGUAGAGGCACAAAAUGGCUUAUUUCACAUCUGCACUAGCUCAGUGGGUCUCAUAGAAGUGCUAAAGCAUAAACAGAUGUAACCUGUUUCAAAAUUCUUUCUUGUUACCUUCCUUGAUUACCUCUACCCAGUUUUAGAAUAGCAACUCUGCUUUUUCAUACUGACCAUUCACCAUAUUCAAAUGAUUUUCCAUGAUUAGUAUUGGUGAUGGGACUGGUAGAGUGGAUUACCAGCAUUAACAUUAAAUCCACUGACAUUGAGAUUUCUCAGGUGAUUUACAUUGUGGAAAUUCCAUGAGCUCGUAGCUCGUUAAAAUGUCUGCAAUAAAUGGGCAGGAUCCAGGCCAUAUUUGAAUUUAAAUUUCAGGCAGCCUCAUACUGAAUGCAUUUAUCCUCUAAUUUCCUCCCCUUGGUCCCCUCCCCUCCAUAUACAUUCCUUCUAUAUGCCAAUGUGUUUUGUUUUAAAAGUAAUUGCACAGUAUAUACUUGGCUAAAAUGUUAGGGAUGUACAGCUUAUGACCUACCCUACGUCACUGGAGUGAAGUAAAGUGGAACGCUAUUGGCUAGAGUUGUAGUUAUCUUUAAGUUUAAUACCAUCUGUUUUAUACUAAUUUCUUCUUUAGAGUUUCACUGAGCUUGUCUUUUGUACUAAACUUUGCUGAAGUUAUGUAGAUUAGAUGGUUAGAUAUGACUCUGAUUAUCAAAAAUAUUUUUUAAGGAUAUCUUUUCUCAUUUCUGGUCAUCACACUUCAGGAAGGAUGCAUUGGCAGUCUACACAUAGAAUCAUAGUAAAGUUAACUCUAUUAUUGAAAGCAGGUUAGAUAUAACAAUUAAAUUACAUUCUUGUUUAGGAUGACUAAAAGACUUGGGAGAGUAGCUAAAAACUAUUUAAGCUGGCAGAGGAGACCAGAACAUGGGUUUAUGAUCUUAAAAUUAGAACUGACCAUACAGGGACAUUGUCAUUCACAAAAGGGCUAAUGGAAAUCUGGAAUUCCAUAAAAGCUGUUGAGGGGGUGGAAGAGUAAUUGAAAAUUUCAAAAUAGGCAUAUUUUAGUUGGGUAAUGGAUUUAAAGGACAUGGAACCAAGGUGAAUUAAGAGUUAAAAUGUGGAUCCUCCAUGAACUGACUGAAUAGUGAAACAGACCCAGGAGUCUGAGUGAGCUUUCCACAUUGCUAUGAUAACUACUUGUGUUCCUGUCUACUUGAGGGUCUUUUGGGGGAAAAAGAUGCAGUGCCCAUACUUUCCAGAGCAGUCAAUCUUUUUUUGUUCACUGCUCAAUUCUCACACAACAGAAGCAAGUGGACAAAGAUCAGGUGCGCCCUCAAGUUCUGAUUGAACAUCAUUGCUAAAUGCCCAAAGGUUAAAAUGCCCAUAGGUCAUCAGUUUUGAAAAAAAAAGGCUUUGUUUCACAGAAUAGAGAUUACAAAAAAUGAUAUUACUGCAGUUGUGGGACAUCGGAAGCAAGAGUAGGAAAUGCAGGUAAAUUUCCACUAGACCAGGCUGGAGAGAGAAAGAAAUUUAACAUUUCAAGUUAACAUUUUCCAGUUCUGAUGGAAGUCAGUUAACAGAUGGACAGUUCUUAAAGAAAUACAGAGUUGCAAAAAAAGGAAUGAAGUUGGUAGGAUGAUGUAGAGAAAGGACGAAAGGAAAGUAUGUGACAGGAUCAGUAGUGGGACUGAUUAAAAGAAUUAUGGGACAGGUAAAGUGUUGAGAGGAGCCGUAAAUGGCAACAACAGAUCAGAAAAGGUAGAGAUGGAAGGAGCAUGUAACAUUCAGCAAGGAAGGCUUCCCUUUUAAUAGCAAGAAGUUUAAUUCCUGCUUAGAUAUGAUGGUUGAGAUCAACCUUAGUUUUAUUGGAUGGGAUGAAUAAUAACAAUUUAACAUUUUCUUUUGCAAAUGUGAAUUGUUUGUGCAUGCACUUGUGUGCAUGUGCAGUUUUAUUUCCAUAUUGUAUUGAUAAGAAGCUGGACCUUACAGGUCCCAAUGGAGAUUCAGUGGCGGAGAUUCAGUGGCUGAGGAGCAAACUUUCCAGCCUGGGGUAGCACGUAGUCUGAAUGUACUUUUUAUUUUACAAAUAACUGGAGCUAUGGAUGUGGUAAAACAUUCCAAAAUGCUCCACAGGAGCCUCAUCAAACAAACAGGUCAGAGUUGGAGGAAUGCAGGAAUUAAUUUCAAAACAAGCAGGAGAGAAAAUAAAAACAAAAAAUAAAAAAAUAAAAGUAAAAACAAAAUGGCUACUAAUAAAGGUGAUUUUCUUUCUGGAUUUUGAUGUACUUAACCAUCAUUGAGGGAAGAAAAUGUUUUAAUGAACAACUGUGCAUUGGUUUUAUUCAAUAAACUGUUGUUUUAAAAAAAU